AGGAAACACACCCUUAAUGGGCCCUUUUAGUCGGGCAAACAAAACCGUUGAGCGAUCGGCUCCAGCAAGAUCAGCAAAGUCAUCAAGGACUCGGGGCAUAACCAGCAUCACUCCGCCACAGGACCCAUACCGAGACACCAAUACCACGUUGCAUUGAAUAUCAGGUCUCACUGCAGGAUGUCAGGAUCAACUCGCCAGGCUGCUACUCGGAUCCUUCGCCAGCUGGGGCACCCACAGCGGCACUACGUUCCUAGCGCCAUUUCGGCCCAACCACCCUCACUCGUCCGUCGCUCAAUAACGCAGCAGUAUUGCCAGCAGCAGCAAAAGAGGUGUCUCUCUAUGACACACCCUGUCAAGUCGAACGAUGCAUUCAACUCAAAACCUUCAGGAUCUAUCGAGAAGCCGCCCACGACAGUCCGGGAACCCUCAGCGACCACUGCUGAAGAGACAAUGGUCUCAGAUCUGCAGGAGAAUGCCAAGUCAAUCGAGCAAGUCAUCGCAGAGCUCCACAGGGACACCAGGAUAGUAGCACCCGCAACUUAUGCCUCCAAUACCCCCUCAUCAUUAUUGUUGGACGGUUCAGCAUUUCCAGCAGCAGCAGAUCACACUGGAUACACUAACGCCGGCGCUGAAGGACCUUUCUCUUCCUCAGCAUCAGAACCACGCUCGCCAUCAUCAUCACCAGAGUCAAGUGUAGGAGCAGCAGCAACACCUAAAAAACGCUCCCGAUUCUGGUUCUACAUUUAUCAUAUCCUGUACUGGUCUGCGCUGGGUUCGUUGCCAGUGCACCUACUGAUGUUUAAGGGCGAGGCCAAGGAGGUGAAGGAGAAACAAGAGUGGAGGAUUGGAGUCCUGACGGAAAUGAGGGACAAGUUGCAGCGGGGCGAGUCCGUCGAGGAGGAGGAAGCCUUGUUGAGCGUAGGCAUGAAUCGAAACCAACGCGAGGAGCAGGUUGAUGACAAGUACUUUGAGGAUUUGCUGGUAUCCGCUGAGAAACUGGAUUUCGUGUUUGGAAAGGACAAGGACGCGGCGGUCUCUGACCACAACACCGCAUCGCAGGUAGCAACAGGCUCCUCACCUACAUCAGCACCGGUAUCAGCAGCAACAGCAGCAGCACCGCCAUCUAUCCCCAGGAAGCCGGCGCCUCCAAAGUCUGAAAGGAGUUUUUUGUAAAGAGAAAGCAUCCAUCAAUUAUAAAUCCAUUCUGGCUC